UGGCUUGGGGGUGGUGGGUUGGGCUGGGGUGAUCUUGUUAAAGCCUCACUCUUUGAAGUUGCCUUGCUCAGACUCCACACUGGUUUCCACUGAAAGGACCCUCCCCUGUUCUCUGGACAAGAGGUAACUGAAAAUGUCAGACACUGAGGAAAUCAUUGAAGAAUAUGAAGAGGAGCAGGAAGAAGAAUGUGUGGAAGAAGAAGAGGAAGAAUGGAUAGAGGUGGAGGACGACCAAGAAGAACAUGCUGAAGACAUCAAGGAAGGUGAAACCAUAGCAGAAGAAUACGAAGAGCAUUCUAAAGAACCAGAAGAAGGAGAAUCCAAACCCAGGCCUAAGCACUUUAUGCCAAACUUGGUGCCUCCAAAAAUUCCUGAUGGGGAGAGAGUGGACUUUGAUGACAUUCACCGCAAGCGAAUGGAGAAGGACCUGAAUGAGCUGCAGACCCUUAUUGAGGCUCAUUUUGAGAACAGGAAGAAGGAAGAAGAAGAGCUGCUAUCCUUGAAAGACAGAAUUGAACAGCGACGAGCAGAACGAGCUGAGCAGCAACGAAUCCGUAGUGAGCAAGAAAAGGAACGACAGGCCCGUUUGGCUGAAGAGAGAGCCCGGAAAGAAGAAGAAGAAUCUCGGAAGAGAGCUGAAGAGGAAGCCAGGAAGAAAAAGGCUUUCUCUAACAUGCUUCAUUUUGGAGGGUACCUGCUGAAGACAGAGAAGAAAAGUGGGAAAAAACAAACUGAGAGGGAAAAGAAGAAGAAGAUCCUCAGUGAGCGGCGGAAACCUCUGAACAUUGAUCACUUGAAUGAAGAUAAGUUGAGGGACAAAGCUAAGGAACUGUGGCAGAGUAUUCAUGAUCUUGAAGCCGAGAAAUUUGACUUGCAGGAAAAAUUCAAGCGGCAGAAAUAUGAGAUUAAUGUUCUUCGCAACCGCAUUAGUGACCAUCAGAAGGUGAAAGGCUCAAAGGCUGGCCGUGGAAAGCCAGUGGUUGGUGGCCGAUGGAAGUGAGAUGUGGUUGACAUCCAGCCUGCGCAGAAGACAAAGUGGCCAGCUGCUGUUUUGGCCUCCGUUUUAUUAAUCCUCCUAACCAAUGUGGCCCAAAGGAAUGCACCAACUCUUCUAGUUUAUUCAGAGCAAGCCACUUUUCAAAGUCCUCACUCUGUAGAACGUGUGUAGCUGUGUGCACAGUACUGUCACCGCAUGAAACACGACACUGUAUGGAGACAACUGUGUCACCAAACAGAAGAAUAUUGUUGUGUCUGUAAAUAAAAGCAACUAUGCAACAGCA